AUGGUACUUGAACCAUAUCAUACUUUUUCUGGACUCUAUUUGGUUGCUGCAAUGGCCUUACAAUUUUUGUGGAGCUUUAUACUAGCAAUUCUUGAUUUAUAUGCAUUACUCAUAAAGAGAGGCCUUAACAAUUCAGUAUUGCUAAGCUUGUUUGUGGUGGGAGAUUGGGUCACUGCAACAUUGUCACUUGCAGCAGCCUGCUCGGCAGCAGGAGUGACUGUUCUUUUGUAUAACGAUCUAAGCUAUUGUGAUCAAAUACAUUGCCACAGAUAUCAACUUUCUGCUGCAAUGGCCUUCUUAAGUUGGCUAUUGGUCGGAAUUUCAUCUCUCUUAACAUUUUGGCUGUUAGCUUCUGAAUAGCUUUUAUUAUAAUUGAUUUGAACCACAAGAAGUAAAAGAAAAAGGGCACUGUAAAGUAAGCUCCA